AUGAGCAAGAGACCUCCGCCAGACCCUGUGGCAGUGCUGAGAGGCCAUCGCGCUUCUGUGAUGGAUGUUUAUUUUCACCCAUUUAAAAAUUUAUUAUUCACCGGUUCUGCAGAUGGCGAGUUGCGUAUUUGGGAUACAGUACAACAUCGGACUUUAUCAUCUGCGUGGGUGCACAGUGCUGCACAUGGGAUCAUUAGUGUUGCAACUAGCCCUUUGCUUGGAAACAACAAAGUUGUCAGCCAGGGCAGGGAUGGGACAGUUAAGUGUUGGGAUCUUGAAGAUGGGGGGUUGUCCAGGAAUCCUUAUCUCAUGAUCCAAACAAAUUCUUACCACUUUUGCAAGCUUUCAAUAGCGAAGAAGCCUUUUAUGCAAGUGAGGCAAGAUGCAGAGCUGAAGUAUUGUGAUAUGGAGGUCAGGGAAAAUGCUGAUGCCCGUAUUAUGGAUGACUGCCCAGGGCAGGCACAAAGAAGUCUAGAGGAAAGUUCCAGAACAUUAAAAGCGAAGAAGCCUUUUAUGCAAGUGAGGCAAGAUGCAGAGCUGAAGUAUUGUGAUAUGGAGGUCAGGGAAAAUGCUGAUGCCCGUAUUAUGGAUGACUGCCCAGGGCAGGCACAAAGAAGUCUAGAGGAAAGUUCCAGAACAUUAAAAGAUGAUGAGCAUGUUGAAGGACCAAAAUAUGUGGCUAUGGCAGGGGAGCAGUCUUCAGAGGUUGAGAUCUGGGAUCUCAAUACUGCCGCAAGGAUUGCACGGUUACCUCAUUGCUCUGGUGGCUCUCCAAAUCAUUCUACCAAGGCUAGAGGAAUGUGCAUGGCUGUUCAAGCAUUUUUACCAUCUGAAUUGCAGGGCUUCUUACAAGUCUUAGCCGGGUUGCUGGACUUGACUUUGAAAUCAGGGAUUGAUUGGAAGCCCCUGUGUUAA